AUGGGGGACGUUCCGCCCGGCGACGGCGACGCGAUUUUCCAGUCGCUAACGGGCUCUCCAAGCGACGUACCUUUUGGACUCGACAAGUCUGACCUCAUUGCCUCCAACGAACCCGACGAGAUUGAUAUCGGCGACAAUAUUUCCCACGAAAACCUCACCGGUAUUACAACAGACAAAUGGUUGGCCAGCGAAACCACGGCUGACAGUACUGUCGCCGACGAGACCAUGACGGACGAAAACGUGCGGACUUCGAAGGAAAUGGAUAUCGACAAUGACGAGCAAAUCCCAUCCGUUGAAGUCGACGAGGCAUGUACGGUCCCAGAAGCCGCGCCGGCCACCAUAUCAGCAGAUACCCCCGAGACACAAGAUACCGAGCUGCAGAGAUCCGAUUGGCCUACUUGCGAAUUCGAAAUUAUUCUCCCCUACUUGUCGCCAGAAGAGCGCGCACAGUAUGUCUCAAUUUCGAGCGACGUCGUUGAUGAGGUCGUCGAAAAGGUCGCAGGCCCUAAAGGCGAAGUGUGGUACAAGGCGGAGUUCACAGAUGGCCGGCAGGAUAUCAUACCGUUUGAGGAUUUACCUUCAUACGAAAACGGUCAGCUCGCUCUUUUGAGAUUCAACAACAGCAUGGCUGAUAACGGAUUGAGCAUCGCUGGUGAUAGCCGAGUUAGAAAGAGGUCCUGGCAGGAGGAUUGGGAUGAGUCGGUUGCCGACUCUGACACCGAUAUCGAUAUAACGCUUGACGGGGACAAUUCUCCCCGCCACUCUAGCCGCCAACGUAUCUCAACUCGGCGCCGAACCCUCCAGAAUUACAUCAUGGACUCUGAUGAGGAUGUUGGGCAUCGUCGCCCUAAACGUCAACGUACACUGCCGAGACGAAACACCCGUUACAGCUCGCGGGUUAUCUCGGACAACGAUCAUGAGGGCGAACCCCAACCGCAAGGUCGACAACUGAGACAACGCACUCAAAAGCAGCUCAAGCUGACGACCAUGGCUUUCGCUAAUUUACCCUUAAAUCGCGAUGACGAUAUGGACGAGCUGUCCCAAAACCCCCCUCGCCAUCAAUCCGAUGACGAUGAUGACUUUCAGAUCAUCACGUCGGACCUCUUGCCGAAGUCUUUUUCGUCUCGGCGCAAAAAGUCUAGGCGUCUCAAAGUGAAAGCCAAGGUCACCCAGAGACCUAAAUCACGAGGCUCAUCAAUCGAGUUCGAGGAUCGUCGCCGGUCUGGCAGAUCGACGAGAAACAAGUCCAAUAUGUUCGACGAAGCACUGAUGGACGAAGAAUCAUUUUAUAUUGAAGACACAGCACCAGUAAAUGCGCCCAGGAUCGCCAACAUCAAGGAAGUUUUCAAGCCAGUCGACCGAAAGUUACCUUUCCAUCAAUUUCACUCCAACCUCUGCGGGUCCUGCAAUGCCGGUCCUAAUGUCAAUAGGGGUCCAAUGAUUGGAUGCCAAGGGUGCUCUAUGUCGUUCCACAAAGGCUGUAUCGGAUACAGAUCGGCAAGAGAGCACAUCGUUACCAAGGUUGGCCAUGACGAUUUCGUUCUCCAGUGCAAGUACUGCAUUAGAUUCUACGAGAAGAAGGACAAAAAUAGUCCCCGGCACGAUCAUUGUCAACAGUGCAAAGGCGUCGGACGCUCGUGCGCCGCAUUCUCGCCAAAAAGAACUGCGAAGCAAGAAGAGAAGAUCCGUCUCGAGAAUGGUGGCGAAGAUCCCAUUACACCUGUGGACCCUGCCUUGGUCAACAAUGCAGACAAUCUGCUUUUCCGGUGCACUAUGUGCAAACGUGGCUGGCACUAUGAGCAUCUGCCUUCGUCUGAGAUGGACUCAGACGUAUCUGACAUUCGUCAACAACGUCUCUCGGAGUACUCCAUUGACUGGAAGUGCCUUGACUGCGGCACAAUAUCCGACAAGAUCCAGACAUUGGUGGCCUGGCGGCCUGCCAAAGAGAAGUCUCUCAACGCUGGAAAGACAUACAGUGAUUUCAGGGAGGAUGAGAAAGAGUACCUUGUUAAAUGGCAAGGCAAAUCCUACUUUUACUGCAGCUGGAUGCCGGGAGCUUGGAUCUUCCACAUCGCUGCAGGAGUAAUGCGCACCUCAUUUGCGAAGAAGGAUGCGAAUCAAAAUUUGUCACUGAAGUUGACUAAAGCCGAGGCAAUACCUCAGGAGUACCUUCUUGUGGAUAUCAUCUUUCAAGCCAAGGUGAAAGACACAGUAAGGGGGGGUUUAGAGGAUGAAAUGGACCGCAUUGGCAAUGUCGACAAGAUCUACGUCAAAUUCCAAGGUCUUGGAUAUGAUGAGACGGUCUGGGAUUCCCCGCCAAAAUCGGAUUCUGGAGAAUUCUACAGCGCUUUCAAGGCUGCUUACUACGACUACCUCACUGGCAAGUAUUUUAACAGCCCUCCUAGUGCCAAGAUGAAGGAGCGGGUGAACAAUUGGAAGGAUCAGCCAUUCGUCAAAUUGGACCAUCAACCUCCCGGUCUCCGUCGAGGUAAACUGAUGGACUACCAGAUUGAAGGUGUCAACUGGAUCUUAUGGAACUACCAUGAAAGCAAGAACGUCAUUCUUGCCGAUGAAAUGGGCUUAGGAAAGACGGUGCAAGUCGUCGGCUUGAUUUCAACUCUCGUCCAUAGCGAACCAAAGUGCUGGCCGUUCCUUAUUGUUGUCCCAAAUUCUACUUGUCCAAACUGGCGGCGCGAAAUCAAACAAUGGGCUCCAGAUCUCCGGGUUGUCACUUACCACGGCGGCAAGCAGGCACAGGACCUGGCAUAUGAGUUUGAGCUUUUCCCAAAUCGCUCUCACAACAUUAAGGCCCAUGUAGUAGUCAUGUCGUAUGACUCUGCCCAGGACGACCGGACGAAACACAAGUUCAGCUCAGUUCAGUGGGCUGGCUUGGUCGUUGACGAAGGCCAGCGACUGAAGAAUGACAAGAGCCUUCUGUACACGGCGUUACGCUCCAUGCGUUUUCCUUUCAGGCUUCUCUUGACGGGUACACCUCUGCAGAACAACAAGCGAGAACUUUUCAACUUACUGCAGUUCGUUGACCCGACUCAGAACGCAGAGAAACUCGACGAGGAGUUUAAUGAGCUGAAUGGACAAAACCUGCCUGAGCUGCAUAGUCGAAUCAAGCAAUACUUCCUUCGGAGAACGAAAGCCCAGGUUCUGAAGUUUCUACCUCCUAUGGCACAAAUCAUUGUUCCUGUCUCUAUGUCAAUCUUGCAGGAGAAGCUUUGCAAGUCGAUUAUCGCCAAAAGUCCCGAUCUAAUCAAGGCCAUAUUUGCAGAUGACAAGAUCAAUAAGAGGGACCGUGGCAGCCUGAACAACAUUCUUAUGCAGCUCAGAAAGUGCCUUUGCCAUCCGUUCAUGUACAGCGAAGCAGUCGAGGAGCGAUCACUGGACCCUGUCAAGAUACACCAAAAUCUCAUUUCGGCAUCAGGAAAGCUUAUGCUUCUGAAUAUCAUGCUGCCUAAGUUGAAGGAAAGAGGCCAUCGAGUUCUUAUUUUCAGCCAGUUCCUGGAUCAAUUGGACAUCAUGGAAGACUUUCUGAAUGGACUUGGCUUUCAGCACAGACGCCUUGACGGCAAAAUCAACAGUCUGGAAAAGCAGAAGCACAUUGAUGCCUUUAAUGAGCCAGGUUCUGAGAUCUUUGCGUUCCUCCUCUCAACGAGGGCAGGGGGCGUAGGUAUCAACCUAGCAACAGCGGACACGGUUAUUAUCCUGGACCCAGACUUUAACCCCCACCAGGACAUUCAGGCCAUUUCGCGAGCUCAUCGAAUUGGACAAAAGAACAAAGUUCUUUGCUUCCAGCUGAUGACGAAGAACUCGGCUGAAGAGAAGAUUAUGCAGAUUGGCCGGAAGAAGAUGGCUCUUGACCACGUGCUAAUUGAGGCCAUGGACGAAGAAGGCGAACCGGACGACCUGGAGUCGAUCUUGAAGUUUGGAGCGUCUGCGCUUUUCAGUGACGACCAGAACGACAAGGACAUCGUCCGCUACGACGACGCAAGUGUCGACAAGCUUCUCGAUCGGUCUGAUAUCGAGCAAACGAAGACCGGCAAUGAUGAGUCCGCCGAAUCACAGUUUUCCUUCGCACGGGUCUGGGCCAACGACAAGGCUGGAUUCGAAGACACCUUGGCUGAAGAGAACGAACCUACAGUUAAUCCGAACGUAUGGGAGGAGAUUCUGGCAGAGCGCGAGGCUGAAGCCAAGCGUAUCGCAGAGCUAAACAAGGAGGUUCUUGGCCGCGGUAAUCGGCGCCGUCGGACAAUCAACUACAAGACUAAUAGUGGUGGCGGUGUCGCUGCCGAGUUCGCGGCUGAUAACAGCGACAGCUCUGAUAAUGACGGGGAAUUUGUUGGUGAGGAUGAAGAGGAGCCAGAUACUGACGCGGAUGAUAGAACCAUGUGGAACAAUUCCAAAGGUAAAGGCAAAUCUGCUGCUACCACUCGAAGGACAACCAGUGCCAGUAAGAAACAGCAAGUUAACAGCUCUACACCACAGAAACCACGUCACCGGAAGCCUCUAAAGAGCAACGUGCCAUCCAACAAGGCCAAACCAGCGACUCCACGAAGAGCAGCACCGCAAAUGCAGCCACCUCUCGGGAAAAAGUCGCAAAAACAGGUUCCCGUAAAGGCAUCCACAAAUGGAGACUUAACUCGGAGCAAAAUGGCCAAGCCGCAGGCGUCGGACCAGCCUAUGGCAGCAGAGAAGCCCUAG